UUCGGAAUGCUAUAUAAAACCCUUCUUCGUUCGUCGUGUUCGUGGCACUGCAUCGACUUCGUUGGAAGUGCGUCAGAAUCUUCGUCUUCGAAGCGGAGCUACCUAGGAAAUGGCGGAGACGGAGGAUAUCCAGCCCCUUGUUUGUGAUAAUGGCACUGGGAUGGUCAAGGCUGGAUUUGCGGGUGAUGAUGCUCCUAGGGCAGUCUUUCCUAGCAUCGUUGGCCGACCACGCCACACUGGUGUGAUGGUUGGAAUGGGCCAGAAAGAUGCUUAUGUUGGUGAUGAAGCUCAGUCAAAGAGAGGUAUCCUCACUUUAAAAUACCCCAUUGAACAUGGCAUUGUUAGCAACUGGGAUGACAUGGAGAAGAUCUGGCAUCAUACUUUCUACAAUGAGCUUCGUGUUGCCCCUGAGGAACACCCUGUGUUGCUCACUGAAGCCCCUCUAAAUCCUAAGGCAAAUAGAGAGAAGAUGACUCAAAUCAUGUUUGAGACAUUCAAUGUACCUGCCAUGUAUGUUGCCAUUCAGGCUGUUCUUUCUCUAUAUGCCAGUGGUCGUACAACUGGCAUUGUGCUGGAUUCUGGUGAUGGUGUUAGCCACACUGUCCCAAUUUAUGAGGGAUAUGCUCUUCCUCAUGCCAUCCUUCGUCUUGAUCUUGCCGGUCGUGAUCUCACGGAUGCGUUGAUGAAAAUCCUGACAGAAAGGGGCUAUUCUUUCACCACAACUGCUGAGCGGGAAAUUGUCAGGGAUGUUAAGGAAAAGCUUGCUUAUGUUGCCCUUGAUUAUGAGCAAGAGCUAGAGACAGCCAAGACCAGCUCCUCUGUUGAGAAGACCUAUGAGCUUCCUGAUGGACAGGUGAUCACAAUUGGUGCCGAGAGAUUCAGGUGCCCGGAAGUCCUCUUCCAGCCAUCGUUGAUCGGCAUGGAAGCUGCUGGUAUCCAUGAGACUACAUACAAUUCAAUCAUGAAGUGUGAUGUUGAUAUCAGGAAGGACUUGUAUGGUAACAUUGUGCUUAGUGGUGGUUCCACCAUGUUCCCUGGAAUUGCCGACCGCAUGAGUAAAGAAAUCACAGCACUUGCUCCUAGCAGCAUGAAGAUCAAGGUUGUUGCACCCCCAGAGAGGAAGUACAGUGUCUGGAUUGGAGGUUCUAUCCUUGCCUCACUCAGCACAUUCCAGCAGAUGUGGAUUUCUAAGGCUGAGUACGACGAAUCAGGCCCUUCCAUUGUUCACCGGAAGUGUUUUUAAGCUCCACACUUAACGGGGGAGCAGUUAAAACGAUUGUCUCGAAUCACCUGUUCUUGUUGUGAGAUUGAGAUUGCUGUGGCUUAAUUUUGAGUUGUUUGUCUACUUUAUGAUGCACCAUUGAUGUGUAUGGAAAUAGAGGAAGGCAGCAGAGAGAGCAUUCGUUUUCUUGAUUUCUUUCAGGCUUUGUAGGUUUCAAGAUUUGCUAGUUGUAGUGGAAAACAUGUUAUUUUUCCUCUCUGAAUCUUCAAUUGGUUUUCUAGUGGCAUCAGUGUGCUUUCCCCUUUUGUCUUGUUAGCAUGCAACUGUUUGGGACUUUGUUCAAGUUGUCAUUGAAUUGUUAUUUUGUAUGAUAAUAAAUUAAUAAACAUGGGUUUCAUUGUUAA